ACAUCUGACAAAUCAAUCACAUCACUUUAAUAAAAAUGUAGUAUCCUAUUAUUUGCUAUUGGAGAAGAGUUGUCUGAUAUUUUAAAUAGAAAUUGUGUAUGAAAACAAUACAUUGACAUGUUUUCGCUUUAAUGAUGCACUGCAUAUCAUCAGAGUAUAUGGCUUAUAUAAUAUAAGUUGUUAUCAGUUCAGUAACCACUUAGUAUUCAGUUAAAACCUCCCAGUGAGAAUCAAAAAUGAACCUCAAAGCAGCUCAGGCGAUCGUUCUUACACUGGUGGGAUGUAUGCUUAACAACGUUUUCCUUGAAUACAUUAUUAAGUUAGAUCCUGGGGCCGGACAUUUGAUCACCUUUUGCCAGUUUCUUUUCAUAGCGGUCCAUGGAUUCAUAUUCACAUCUAAAUUUGGACAUGUUAAGCCAAAGAUUGCUUUAAGGGAUUACAUGACAUUGGUUGUGUUUUUUUUUACUACCAGUGUCGUUAAUAAUUGGGCAUUUGCUUUCAACAUUCCUGUUCCAUUGCACAUGAUUUUCAGGGCGGGAUCUCUGAUUGCUAAUAUGGUCCUAGGUAUAGUGAUAAUAAAACGACGAUACACCCUGGAGAAGUAUGUAUCUGUAUUACUUAUUACAGUUGGAAUUAUAAUUUGUACCCUAUAUUCAACUGGACCGAAGAAAACUGCUUGUACCAACUGUGAUGGAAGCUCAGAGCAGCUGCAUGAUGAUCUUCCUGAAGAUCACUUCUUUUGGUGGUUGAUUGGAAUAUUUUUAUUAACUGGAGCCCUGUUGCUUUCAGCAGGAAUGGGAAUUUUCCAGGAGCAGUUGUACAAAAAGCAUGGAAAACACCCACAAGAAGCAUUGUAUUAUACUCACCUGUAUCCACUUCCAGGAUUUCUGAUUUACUCAGCGAGUCUUCUGGAGCAUACUACAAUCGCAAAUAAUAGUGAAUCUUUCAACAUACCACUUCUCAACAUUGGCAUACCAAUCAUCUGGGGUUUUCUCCUACUCAAUGUUAUAACUCAGUAUAUGUGUAUCAGCAAUGUCUACAUACUGACAACUGAAUGUGCGUCUCUCACAGUUACUCUGGUUAUUACUCUCAGAAAGUUCUUUUCGUUAUUGUUCUCUAUUAUUUAUUUUCAAAAUCCUAAUUUUCCUGAGGUCUGA